GGCAAGAUAAGCUGGAUGGGCAGAAUGGCCCGUUACGAUAACGAACAAAUCUUCUCUCAAUCCCUGCAACCGGUGCACCCGGGUUACUCAACUCACACCACCACCGCCACUUCGGCGUCUCCCAUGACGUCACCGAUCCUGGCAACGUGUGCUGUCACCGCGACCGACAAGGUCAUUGCCACUACUAGUUCUACCCACAUGCCAGGUGCUGAAUCAGCUGAUAGCCCUACAGCUGCCACUUCACCGCCGUCUUCGCUGGACUCCCGUAUACCGAGGCCAUCGCCGUCGGCUCUGCGUCGCGCCGCGAAUCUGCGCCUGCGCGGCGAACAUCUACCACCACAUCAUCCGCGAGCCACCACCGCCGUCGCCGCCGCCGCCGCCGCAGCCAGCACGGCCCUGGCCAGCCACCAACACCAUCCCCGUCGUCACAACCACUUCCUGCAGUCGCCGCAGCAGCAUCAACAUCCGGAUUAUCGUAUCUUCCCGGUCAUCACGGAGAAUGGAACCGACUCGCCGCGACAACGAUCCUUCAGUCUCUCACUGACACCGGUGAGGCCGCGGCCAGGUCACGCGGCCUCAGGAGGAACGACGACAGCGGGAGGUAACGACGACAGCGAUGCCGAGAGCGUGAAGAGUUACAGCAGCGCUUGCAGCACGGCGAGCGCCUGCGAGCAUGCCUCCUUUGCGUUGAACGGCACCACCUGGUCUGGUCGAUCGCGGAAAUAUGUCGUGCACUGCUCGAAUUACGUCGGCGACAACGAACAGUACCUCACACCUACCCAGAGAGCGGCUAAACAAGUGAGAAAGUUUCAGGCUUUGUUGAAGGAAGCGCGUAAGGAGAUCGAAGAGAAGGAUCGAGAGAUCCUACGUUUGACGAAGGAGGUUGUAGAGUUGAGGCUGUACAAGGCCUCUCUAAACAGUCCGGAUGAGCGAACAGAUAGCAGUGACGCUCUCACCGUGCGCGAAAACAAUCCUUUCUCACCGGAAUCGCCGAGCAAAGAUCUUCCCGACGAAGGCAUCCCGGAGAAAUCCAUUGCCAGUCCGGAAACGCCGGAGAAACGUGUACAUACGGAUCUCCCCUCGUCGUUGGCUGACUCCGGACACUUCGAGGAUGGUUCCGUCCAUUCGAAAGAUUCCGUGUGCCUACCUGAAUCGCAGCCGGAGAUUACUAUCAGCACGACGACAACGUGUAUUGACGCGGUAUCCAAUAAUAUUGUUUCCGAUACGAAUCCUGUAACGCCAACGAACGCAGAGCGCGACGAAGAGAGACGUCGAUUAGUUAGUCAUUAUGAAAGUAGAAUCGAAGAUAUGCAUAGACGACAUGUUGACGAAUUGCAAGAACUCAAACAGAAGCAUAACGACAAGGUGGAAAGCUUGCUGAAUCAACUGUCUGAAGUUAAUACUCGUUAUUGCGAAGUGCGGCCGGCUAUGGAUGUCGCCGAGGCUCGGGCGCGUGAAUUAGAAGCGGAAUUAGAGGCUGUGAAGACUGAGCUUAAUGAGCAGAAAACGCUUUUGAGCGAGCAGGAAGAAAGGAAUAAGCAAAUGUACCUGAAAAUGUAUGCCAAAGGUCAAGAAGCCGCGCGUAUCGAACAAGCCGAUCAGAUACUCGUGCAAGCGCAUCAGUCACCACCUAAAGUCACCGUCGCAGAACUGCUUCAACAAUUAACUGUCACGCAAGCUGAGUUAGAAAAUAUUAAGGACACAAGCUACUCGCCUGAACCUCACAUUUCAGCCGAACAUAGCCAAAGUUUAUUAAGCGCUCAGGAGGCUGUUUCUCUCUGGGUCCUUGGCACACGUAAGGCAAUGUAUAGGCGUAUUGUAGAGGCGAGAAGCAGCCAGGGUACUCUCGACCCAGAAAUUACCCUGCAGUUCCUAAAGUCGGCGAUCUAUUAUUUCCUAACUGAUAAGGAGAAUCAUCACGGUCACUUAAAUGCUAUUGAAAGUAUCUUGGGCUUCACGGAUGCGGAAAGGCACAAUAUCGAUAGAUAUUAUCGAUCGGCGAGAAAGUAAUAUUUUUUAAAAACUUCUUCAAUUUUAAAACUCUUAUAUCAUUAUUGACGACUAGCAUUAUCCGAUGUAACACUCGGAUUUCGGAAUACAUUUAAUUCUUUGGUAUCUUUAAAAAUAUUUUAAUGUGUGUUCGAAAAAUUC